AUGCGACGCUUCUAUGGUGAUACCGAUCAAUUAGCACAAAACAAUCUCAAUGUACGACACUUUGAUAAUGAACAAGAUAGUGAUGAGGAUGAUGCCACUCUCAUCAAACGAUUGGAAUAUCUUUUAAAGAAAUCUUUGGACCUUAGUGUUUCAAAGAGAGCGAUAGGCACGGUCAAGUGGUUCAAUGAAGAGAAAGGCUAUGGUUUUAUUGAACAAGAUGGCGGUGGUCCAGAUGUUUUUGUUCAUUAUAAAGAUAUCAAGAGUGAUGGAUUCACAAUCUUGAAAGAAGGUCAGCGGGUUCAGUUCGACCUAACUCACGGUUCAAAAGGUCCACAGGCAGAGAAUGUUAUGCCAGCGUAG